AUGGGUCAGAAGCUAGUCAACGAAUUCUUCAAAACACUGGCAGAUGGACAGCUCAUGUGGGACAGGAUCAUCCGACCCGACCACAAGCGUCAUGAUCAGCGCCCGCCAGUCCAGGCAGGACAGAAGAAGUACAGCGAAAAGCAGACAGCAGCUCUGAGGUAUUUCGCAUGCAAACCGAAAGACGAGAAGAAGAACCAGGGAGAGGACAAAAGCAAGGGGAAGGAGAUAGAACAGCCGGCGAUCGAGCUGAAUCAGAUUGCUCGAAAACCCGACUCUAACCCCAGUGCAACGCCAUCCAGUUCAUCGGCAGUGUCCAAAAGCACUCGCCGGCGGCCGAGACGUGAUUAA